AUGACAAAGAAUGGUUGGACGGAAUCGAGUGGGAAGAUGAAGAAACUAAAGACCGGUUGCUCCAUUAGUAUCAGGUUGCCCCAUAGACAUGCAACUCUACGGCUUGCGAGACAACUCAUUUCGCGAGUUACUACUGUUUGCCUUCGGGCUUAA